UGAUCAUAAAUUAUGGACUUCGCUCUGUUUUAGGCUAGAGAGGGGUUAGUUAAAUAUUAUCAGUCAGUCUAUAAUAUCGAAGCGAGUUAGCACUUCUCUACCAUCCUCUUUUUAGGUCAUUGUAAUGUCAAACAAGAAUUGAAUUUGAAACAAAAUUAGCUCAAAUCUAAUUCGCACAAACAUGGCAAAUCGACCCAUACAGAAGGCGGCCAGCAGUCAGCCACAUUUCCUGCAGUUCAACAACCUCGCAUGUGAAACAGCUGGAGGAAAGGUGAUUUUUGCCACAGAUGAGUGGUUUGCCCCUGCCAGAAAUCUAUUGAAGCGAGACCCUCCAGAAUUCAUAGCCUCAGCGUUUACUGAAUAUGGGAAAUGGAUGGAUGGCUGGGAAACCCGGAGGAAAAGAAUUCCAGGUCAUGACUGGUGCAUUGUACAGUUAGGAGUUCCAGGAAUUAUUCAUGGCUUUGAUGUGGACACUUCGUUCUUCACGGGGAACUAUGGCCCAUACGUCUCCAUUCAAGUGGCCUGUCUUGAUCAGAUUCCAUUGUUCACUCUUGAAGGAGAUCGUACAGGCAUGGCAGCUUCCCCAAGCCAGUUUGAAGCUGUGGCAAAGCUAAACUCAGACAGCUGGAAGGAGAUUGUCCCGAUGACAGAGAUGAAGCCGGGUUACUCUGAUACAUGCCACAACUACCUGAGUGUCACCUAUCCACACAGAGUUACCCAUAUCCGCCUCAACAUUUAUCCAGAUGGCGGCAUUGCAAGGCUGAAAGUUUAUGGCGUUGGGAAGAAGGACUGGUCCACUGUACCUGGCCAAGACCUAGUGGAUCUUGUUGCCCUGGUUAAUGGAGGCGUAUGCGUAGGCUACAGCGAUGCCCACUACGGUCACCCACGCAAUAUGAUUGCCCUAGGGAGAGGUGAAAACAUGGGAGACGGGUGGGAGACAGCCAGACGCCUGGAUCGGCCCACAAUUUUAAGGGUGGAUGAGAAAGGCAUAUUGCAGGUACCAGGCUGUGAGUGGGCUAUUCUCAGACUAGGACAUCCUGGUAUCAUAAGCAAAAUUGAGCUAGAUACCAACCAUUUUAAAGGGAAUUUUCCAGACUCCUGCAAGAUCGAGGCCUGCAGUUUGACCCCAGAUGAGGAGAACAAUUUAAUUCUUAACCAGUGGCGCUCAGACAAAAGCCACAAGUGGAGAAUUGUCCUUCCUCCUCAAAAACUGAAGGCACACCACAGGCAUUUCUUUUCUGGGGAGUCUGUGGUGCAUUGUGGGCCUGUGACUCACGUGCGCCUGGUCAUAGCUCCCGACGGAGGGGUCAGCAGACUCAGGCUCUGGGGUCGACCGGUGUCCGACUACGUGACUCACCCUCAACAAGUCUCCAAACUGUGAUGCCAUCAUGUAUUUUCAACACGCAGUUAUAGACGAAUGAAGCUCAUGACAUUAGCUGUGAUAUAAAAUAUUUACACAGUAAAAUGUUAAUAAUUGUGGUAAUUACUAUACUAUAUACAAUAGUACGUAUAUAGUACUAUAUACAAAUACUAUACUAUAAAUUUACCUGAUAGUGAUACAGUAAAUAAUUAAAUUUUAUUCUCAAUAAAUUUCUCUCAUAAUAACUAACAAAGUUAGCUGAUGACUAUUUUUUUUGGCCUCAUAUAUUUACAAUACUGACAUUUUAGUUAUAAAAAUAGUUUUGAAAAUACUUAUUCUGUCAUGUGAAUAUUAGCCUAUAUCUUUUUUAAUUUUUUAAGCAAACAAAACAAUGGUGUGAGAAAAUGCUGACAGUAAGACAGUCUCAAGUAUGAACGUAGAUACAUAAGGACUCGUUCAGACUGUACAGUAGCAUUGGAAAUCUAAUCUAAUACAAAAGUAUAAUAUUUUAACAACUAACAUUUUUGCAAACAUUUGAAAAGUUCUGCUUGCAUACCUCAGAAACAGCUCUGGGAUAUGAGAAUAAUUAUUGUUAUACCUAAAAUAAUGAAUCUAAAAUUACAAAAAUUCUCGUAGUAAUGAUUUUUAAUUGUGCAAUAAAGUGCUAUAUUAUAAAAGGAUUAAAAGUGUAUAGAUAGUUUUCAUUGUGCAUGAUGUGUCCUUCUUUGAUAGGCAUUAUUUUCUAAAAUAUUUCUUUGACAUUUUGCUUAUACCCCAACAUGAGGCAACUGAUCUUUGAUUUUAAAAAAUGUGUCUUAAGUCAAGAAACGAAUUGGAGCUUAUCUCUUUUUACAUGAAAAGUUGUUGACAUAUUCUUUGACGUUUCUUCUACUAUGCUUAUCCCUCGGAACAAGGUGGGAUUUUGACAUUCAAUGACAUGUUUCAAACUUUCUGGCAUUUACUCUGUCCAAUUGCACAGAUAGCUUCUGCAGAUGCAGAGAUUUUCCAUUGAGCUGUUUUCUCCCCCCAAUCAUUUUGUCAUGUUUCUCCCCAGAUUAAGCCAGCGGUCCAUAGCAGGACAAAUUGUGUCGGCAUAGUUGAUAAGGAUUCUGCAGGAGUCAAGUGCUAUCAGGUCAGGCCUUCUGUGCCCCAGCCAUAUAAAAUACAGUCAGUGGACUUCAUUCAUGCAGAAGAAAUGUCAUUGUUCAUGCAACCAUUCCAAUGCAAAUUCUUGCAUUAAAUUGAAUACAAUCUGUU